AUGUUCGCUUAUGAUCGAUUGGCAUUGGAUUUGGCGGUUUUCAACUUGAACUCGGAUAAUAUCAAUAAUGAGCAAAUUUCGAGUCAUCAACCAAGCAGAGUUGUAUCAAUGGUAAGAGAUUCUAACUGGAAGAAGGGAGGUGUGAGAAUUUUGGUUGUAUUCUGAUUCUGAGAGAAGGUGUGGGAAUAUCUAUUAUCAUUUUAACAUUGUAUGAACCUUUCUGCGAAUACAAAAAUAAAUGAGAAAUCUAGAUUUUAAAAAAUUAAAGGGAAACUGAAAAAGACUGCGCAACACUUGGUCUAUUCAUCUAUGACGUGGAAUUUUUUCAAGCUCUAGAGUCUUAUUGUUUUUCAAGUUCAUGUUUGCUAGUUGAACUCGUUCUCUGAAUUCACCCCAAAUCACUAAUAAACAACAAAAAAUCGAGUCACGCGAAACUAAUUUUUUUUCGUGAUAAGAAAGAAUUUACAAUUUUUUGAGAAUGAUUUUCCCGCAUUUUAAAAAUCCGAUUUUGACAUUCUGAAAUAUUUCUAUAAUAAUUAAUAGGACACAUUUAUGGGGUGAGUCAAUCGAAUUAAUCGACGUGUUUUUUGCGAUUAAUUGACAAAAAAAGUGAGUCUUUUAGGGCGAUUAAUUUCACGUUUUUGUCAAUUCAUCGCUUUCAUUUCUUGGAAAAAAAUGCGAUUAAUUGCAUAAAAAAUAGAAUUUAUUUGAGCUAUAUUUUAAAACGUGAUCUAUAUGAGUUGGAAUUAUCAAAAAAAUUGUCUUCUCUCAAUUUUCUUUCAUUUCGAAAUGAAUCCAAAAAAUAAGCAGUGAAUUUGGGACACGUUUCAAAAAAGAGGUCAAAUAAAUUCUAUUUCGUAUUGAAAUUCCUCAUUUUUGAAUGCAAUUAAUUGCAAAAAAAUAUGGAAUUAAUCGACAAAAACGUGAAAAAAUCGCACAAAAAAGACUCACUUUUUUCUGUCAAUUAAUUGACAAAAAAUAAAAUUGACUCACCCCAUUAGAACUUCUAAUUUGAAAUUUGACUCAUCCAGGAAGUAAAUUGGGUCAACUUUGAACUGAUAAUAUAUUUUUGAAAAAUUGUAUUCGGCCUACUUAUGAAAAAUUGAAAUUCAAAAACAUUUCAAUAAUUCCUAGACCAAAAUUGUCUUCCCCGCUAGUUUUUAUUUUCAUUAACUCAAUUUUUGUAGGCUCAAAACAUUGGCGAUGAAUCAGGAAGCAGUGGAUAUGGAAGUCCAACUCGAACACCAUUAGCUUCACCAUCAAAUGAUAUUUUCAAUUGUAAGUUUUCUAUUGAAUUUCUCUGUAUCACAUUCUUCUUUUUCAGCUGGUUUACCCUUCCAAGUUCAACGUGCAUUCACAGCUCAAUCACCGGAAGAAAUAACACGUCAUUUCGGUGUUUCGCCAACACCACAACACGAUAAGAAAAACAAAGAGUCGAUAAAUACGACGCCAGUUCUUCCACUUGCUAUGGAAGAUGGUUUUUCGACUGAUGAAAUUGCUGGAUUUGCUGAAUUGUUGUCAUCGCCGAGAAAGGUCGGUUUGGGACUCGGAAAUGUUAAAUCUGAAUUUGGUUUUCUGAAAACAAAAGAAAAAAUGAAUCUUUUGAGCAUCUCUAAAGUCUAGAUGAUGAAUUCGGCCAGAUUUUUAAGUGUUCAAACUUUUGAUCUAAAUUUUUUCGAGCAGUUUGUAAUUUUGAAAAAAAAAUCAAUAAUUUCUACGUACUCAACAAAAAUUCACCAAUUGUUGUUGUUUCAGAUGCAAGUUCCACCACAACGUUAUCAAUGUCAUAUUUGUUAUGCAACUGGUAAACAUUAUAUUUCCGAUUGUCCUCAACGCUUUAAUUCACCUUAUGAUGAACUCACACCUUAUCAAGGUCGCAAAAAAUGCUAUGGUGAAUUCACUGUAAGUUUUUGGAAACGUUUUUUUCUUCCACCUGGAAAUCUUGCUUUUGGAUUUUUCCAAAUAAGUUGAUCUUUUUACAGUGCCAACAAUGCAAACGAAAAUGGAACAGUCAAAAUAGUGUGGCAAAUGAAGCACAAUCUUGCAUCAAAUGUCAUGUUCCAGUAUUUCCCCAUAAACAGGUUAGACCUCUUUUCUCCCUUUUUUUACUGGUUUUUGAUGAUCAAAAAGACACAAAAUAUCAAAUAUCAAAUAAAACAAAGAAAGAAACAUUGUUCAAUCAAAACACAUUAAAAAUAAAUGACAAGAGAGAAAAAAGUGUGUAAUAAGUCAGUUAAUCUGAAAAUUUUGAGAACAAAUUAGGAAAUCGGGAUAUAGAUCUGGAACAUUGUUUCAACUAAAAUAAUUUUUGACUGAUGAAACUUUUUGAAUUUCGAUAUAUUUUAAUGUUAAAACAAUUUGUGAUAAUGUAUUUGAAUUUGGAAUUUUUUUGAAACAUUUUUGUUAGUGUGUUUAUUGUUCGAUCAUGAUCAUAUAUUUCUUCUUAAACAUCCAAUUAAAUUUGCAGCUCCCCGUCGAAAAAAGCUGUAACUCUUGGUCUCAUCAAAGCUCAAAAUGUAACAACAAAAGUAGCACCAAUUGGAUCCGGUCGUCCACCAGCACGUCCAAAAUCAUAA